GACAAUGUGACCGGUAACUGACCACGGUCGACCAACUCAUCUACCACAUCUAACGGACAACCUUCCCCGUCGAGAAAUUGCGAACCUAUAAAAUGGCCAACGUACCCCCUGCGUUUUCUGACAUCGGCAAGACCACCAACGAUUUGUUGGGCAAGGACUUCCCGGUGGGCUCGGCCAAGCUUGAAGUUAACACCACAACCUCCAAUGGCAUUAAAUUCACCGUGUUGGGGACGAAAGAUAACAAGACCGGCGCAAUUGCCAGUGAACUGAAAACAAAAUACACCGACAAGCUCCGUGGUGUCACUUUUACGGAAUCGUGGACCACCAGUAACAUUCUUGGUGCUCAACUUGAACUUGAUAACACUAUUGCAAAGGGCUUGAAAUUGGAUUUCCAAGCAUCCCUUCUUCCUGCCAAGGGGACCAAGAAUGCAAAGGCUGGUGUUGAGUAUAAGCAGGACUAUCUCUUCACCCGCUCAUCUGUGGACCUUUUCAAAGGGCCGACCCUUCAUGGAGAUGCUGUCGUUGGAAAUGAUGGCUUCCUUGCGGGUGGUGAAGUUGCAUACGAUGUCUCCGAUGCUCGGGUGACCAAGUACAAUUUCGCUUUUGGCUAUCUUGCCCGCGAGUAUUCCCUGGCUUUGCACGCGACCAACGCGCUGAGCACUUACUCUGCGUCUUAUUACCACCGUGUCAAUCAAGACGUUGAGGCAGGUGCGAAGGCUACCUGGGUGAAGUCGGCUGACAACACUGUCCAUAUCGAAGUCGGUUCCAAAUAUGUUCUCGACAAUGAUGCAUUUUUGAAGGCGAAAAUUGACAAUCGCGGUCAGCUUGGUCUUGGAUACACUCAACUCCUCCGCAAGGGUAUCAAGCUUUCCUUGGGUGGUCUUUUUGACACUACCCGUCUCCAUGAGAAUGUGCACAAGGUUGGCGUAGCACUUACCUUGGAAGCAUAAAGGGAACGCGUUCUAUAAUGCUGUAAUUUUGUGCACAAAAUCGUAUCUAUGGGGUGAGCCUGCCCACUGAAAUGAAUCGUUGAAGAUUUGACGAACCCAACCCCCAGCUUUCCAGUGGAUCUUGUGGAAGAUCUUUUUCAAAUAUUGAUAUGUACCAACAGCCUCAUUAGACAGACAAGCCGUGGGACCACCAAUUGGAUCCUGUUCUGGUUCUUUUUCUAUGUCUAUGUGACUUCACAGUUUCUGCUAUGGCAGGUUUCCU